AUGAACACAAACGAAGACGUUGUAAUGAAUAGUAUCAACCAAACAUUGAUGACCCACUCAGAAGCUUUCGGAAUCAUCUUUAAACAUAUUGAGAAUUUCUCAAAAACAUUGGACGGAUUAUCUAACCACAUCAAUAAUCGGAAACAAAAGGUAAAGUCAGUUAAAUUAGUCUCCGACAGCAACCAACCAAUUAAACCUAAACAACCUCUUCCUCCAAAAACAACACUCAUAGAACAAACUCCAUCCCCUGCACAUCCUUAUCGAACUGAUGGACCAUCAAACCAAAUAUCUAAAAUCAAAAAUAUUACACAUCCAACAAACAAAUCGAAAAUCAACAAUCAAAAUAAGACAACAAACUUCAUCACCAACACAAACCUCACCAAACCAAUUGAAACAAGCACAAACCUCAUCAAACCAAUUGAAACAACUUCAAAGCCCCAAAGUCAACCCCAGCUUCAAUCUAAGAGCCCACCUAUCAACACCAGCUUCAACCUGAAUGAAUCGCAAUCGUCAUACUUGCAAAUAGCCAAGACAGCCAAGAACAUUACAUUUGAUCCAACAAAAAAACUCCGCAAAUCAAAUCCUACAAUACAACAACAACCAUGUACCCUCCUGCUAAAAGAGCUAAAACAAUUAACUAUUCUCACUGUGUAUCUAUUUACCUCAGUAAGCAUAUCGACUCAGACAUCACUGAAUUUAUUACAGAUGCAGUCAAAGAAAAACUUACAUCAUGGUACAUACCUAACGACAAGACGCACGUACUCCAACUUGUCUGUAACAAUCAUGAAGAUUAUGUAUCAACCUUGGGAAUUUUAA